GAGUACCCUAACCCGAUGUAACCGGGUAAGGUAUUUGCAAGUACCCUAUAAUAGGGUAUCGGUUGACAUCCCUAAUAUUUGUUGUGUCUUAUAGCGUUCUAUUUCUAUAUAAAUUGAAUAUUACCUAUACAAUUCAUUCAAUAUAUAUUCACAAAAGCCUAGCCAAGCACACCUCUCUUUUCUUCUUCCCUUGAUCCCUCCCCCCUAGCCUCAAUUUCCGAAUGGACUCACCAGAUUCUUAUCAGAAUUCUAGAGAAAUUGGAAACAGCUUCAAAUCGAUAAUAACAAGGAUGAGAAGUUCAGCAGCAGAUGGAGAAACCAAUUAUGUCAUAAACAUUAUGGAAGUAAACGAGGAUCGCUUGGCUUCCAUGCACCAGAAAAUCUCCGAGCCACCGCGUUUGCUGACCAUGGCCGCUGGUAGGAGCUCCUGCUGCAUCUUCAGAGUUCCAGAGAGUCUGAUUGAUGUCAACGGUAAGGCCUACCAACCUCGUAUUGUCUCAAUAGGGCCAUAUCACCGAGGCAAACCUCAGCUUAGGAUGAUUGAGGAGCAUAAAUGGCGAUAUUUAGGCUUUUUACUUCGAAGGAUGAAGGAAAAAGGCUUAGGAUUAGAAGACUUUUUCAAGGCCAUACAGCCCCUGGAAAUGAAAGCAAGAGAAUGUUAUUCAGAAACCAUCCAGCUUAGCAGUGAUGAAUUUCUCGAGAUGAUAGUUCUUGAUGGUUGCUUCAUUAUUGAAUUGUUUCGAAAAGUUGGAAAUUUAGUGCCAUUCGAACCUGAUGAUCCUAUAGUCUCUAUGUUAUGGAUAUUACCAUUUUUUUACAGGGAUUUUCUUCGAGUGGAAAAUCAAAUCCCCUUCUUUCUUCUUCAAUGUCUGUUUGAUUUAACAAAGAUGCCUGGAGAGAAAUCUGGCCGGUCCUUAUCUAAGCUCGCUUUGGAAUUCUUUAACAAUGCAGUACAAAGGCCUGAUGAAGUUAUUGCUAAGUACCAUGAUCUAAAAUGCCAUCAUUUACUUGAUUUGGUCCGUGCGAGCUUCAUUCCAUCUGAUGAGGAUCACGAACAAAGGGAGGUUAGUGCACCAACUCUGAUGAUUCAUUCUGUUUCCAAGCUUCGCCGUGCAGGAAUCAAGCUCAAUCCAAGAAAAGCAGACAGCUUCUUGGUCAUAAAGUUCAGGCGUGGCGUGAUAGAAAUGCCUCCUAUAACCAUAGAUGAUUUUAUGAGCUCCUUAUUGCUCAAUUGCGUGGCAUUCGAGCAAUGCCACCGGAGCCGCAUCAAGCACUUCACAGAUUAUGCUACUCUCCUGGACUGCCUAGUGAACACCUACAAGGAUGUCGAAUAUCUAUGUCAAAGCAACGUCUUCGAAAAUUAUUUUGGAACUGAAGGAGAAGUCGCACGAUUCAUCAAUGAUAUGGGUAAGGAGACAGCAUUUGAUAUCAACAACUGCUAUUUAUCUAAGCUGUUUAGCGAUGUUCACCAGUAUUACCGGAAUAGUUGGCAUGUUCAAUGGGCAAGCUUCAAGCAUACUUACUUUCAAACUCCAUGGUCGUUUAUAUCGGCAUUGGCUGCCUUGAUUCUCCUACUACUUACCAUUGCGCAGACCUUCUUCACAAUUUAUUCUGUUUAUAAACCUGAUAAAUCCUAAAUCUAUAUUUGUAGCUUUUUACAGGAAAAUAAGAUUGUAUAUAUUUGUAGUUA